AUGGCUUUCGGCCUUCGCAAGGUUGCCAAAUUUGGCAAACGUAUUUGUCACUCGAUUGCUGGUAGCUUUGGCCACAUGUCAUCGUCCCAAGACGUGACUACCACUUCUUUCGACACUGCUUGUCGGGCAGCUUCCUCUUCUCAAGAGACGAUUAUGACCCAUUCACUGGUAGACUCGGAGUCUACUGCGCCAACGGAACACUCUCUCCCUCUUUCAGACUGUAUGCGCAAGAAUUUCAAAGCUGUUUGCAAGAAGUUCAAGCUAGAUUACCGCCACGACACUGUCACUGGUACUGCGAUGAUUGCUACAAUAUUCGAGGUCACCUCGGAAGAUGCGCCAGAACCUACCAUGGAAGGUGUCCCGGAAUCUAUCGCGACACAUGUGCCAGAACCCAUCGUCCAAGAUGCCCCAGAACCCACCUCGGAAGACACUGUAGAGGUCCGAGACGAGGAGGGUGACAAUGAGGGUGAUGAAGACGACGAAGACGACGACAAUAACUGGGGCCAUCGCCGCUGUGACUUCAAGAUCACUAAUACCAUUCCUGAAGCAAAGUACGUAGAGCUUUUCCGUAUCACCAAACUCAUGACCGACACCAUCCAGGACAUUCGUGUAGUGGGUCGAAAGCAUGGGUUCUACAACGCUGCGACAUUCGUCGAAGUCAAAGACGGGGAAAACGUCACUGAGUAUGUGGUACGGGUUCCAGGACACUCGACAACCGAUCAAUGGACUGAAAACGAUGCCUACGUACUGGAGCGUGAGGCCCAGCUCAUCGAGCACAUCCGCAAAAACACUACGGCGCCAGUGCCUCAUGUCAUCGCCUACUGUUCCAGUCACGAUAAUCUGUUGGGUUUCCCGUACAUCCUCAUGACGAAGCUACCCGGCCAGACUGCUGACACCAUGUGGGACGACGGUAGCCAACUGUCUAAUCAGGCGCCAGAGUUUGGUUUCGAUCCAUUCUAUCUGGCGGCUGACGUCCCGAGCGCAGUCAUGGAAAAGAAGCGUCUGAGAUUUCUUCGCUCAUUAGCUCGCAUCAUGCUGGAGAUUCAGACUCUCUCAUUCCCGCAUAUCGGAAUGCCGAUUUUCAAUCCAGACGGUUCGCUGGAAGAAAAUGAGACAUUCACCAUUCGCCACAAUGAUCUCGACCUGCAAAACAUCCUCGUCGAGGAAGAGGGCAACAUCACGGGUAUCAUUGACUGGGACAAUGCAAUUGCCGCGCCGCGUAGCAUCGGUACAGCAGCAGUACCUGUCUUCUUGCGAAACGACUGGUUCCCAGACUGGGCAAACGACCUGCGCACCCCCCAAUCCAUGGCGUGGAAUCACCAUUAUUACCGCCAAAUUUACGCCGCCGCCUUGAUGGAAGCUGGUAGCGAGAAUGCAAAGUACACGAUCAAAUCCGCGCUCUAUCAGGCUGUAUGGUGUGCAAUUACCGGUAGUGGUAGCCAAACAGACUUGGUCGAGAAGGUGCUUCGCGAGAUUCCGAAUUUCCGGGGUACUAAUGUGAACGAUUUCAAGUUGGCACUCGGUCAAGGCAAAUGGACAGCAGCCGAGAACAUGCUUAAGAAGCAAUUGCCCAAGAUCUUCGAACCGGAGCUACCACCCGAGGGACUCCUAGCAAAACUAGAUUUUGAACUAGACAUGCAAACGACCUGGUGGACAUCUUGCGACGAGCUGAUUGCGUUAUUCGAAGCUAAACGACGUGUGGCUGAUGAUAGCGCCGAGGAGUCGGAUGAUAGCGCCGCCAGCUGGAAUACGACGGAGUUCCGUACAUCACCGCAUGUGCUCAUCUGA